AUGCCGGAGGUUCAUCUCACCAUUGCUUCAGCACUUUUGGCUGCUGGUGAUCAAGACCUCUCAGCCUCCGACAGAACAGACUGCAACAAAUCCCGUCUCAAAGAGCUUCUUGAUAGCCCAUGCUCCUUUGGUCGGUGCCGAUCGGGUCACUGCAGUGUGUGUGAGCCUGGCUUGAAGCUCGAGGAUGUUUUGGCUUUCCGUCGAGUUUUUGAUGGCAUGGGCUCAGCAAGGCGGGCUGCAUUCCUGAACAGGUCUUAUGGAGAUGCCAAAGCUGGCAACACUCGCUGCAAGUGGAUCUUCCUUGAAAAAAGGUGUUGUGAGAGACAGCUGUUUGCUUUACUCGAGAUAUCGGCCAGCACACUUGGCAAGCUUUGCAAGGGCCAUUGCUUCGAUGGCCGUGUCACUAACGGACGGAUGGUGACUGAAGCUGGUAUGUCGGUGGAUCAGUUCUUCUUGGAGAUGUACCAUUCUGCAGCAGAGUUUCUCCCAGAGGAUGACACAUGCCAUAUGGAGAAUGUUGAUUGGACUGUGCAGCAGGAAGAGUUGCAAGAAUCCCAAGCACCGGAUCUGGGCCGGGAUGAUGAAGAUCUGGCACCAAUGUUGGGAUGGGACCCUGAGAAGUCUUGGCUACACACAGCCAUUGCAUCAGCCGCUGAUGCACACUUGCCCAAGCGGUAUGUGCAGCACAAAAAGCCAAUCGAUAUUUGGUGGCUUUACUUGGCAUGGCGCCUAGUCAGAGUCCCAGAGUCCCAGAGUGCAGACUCAGAGUCCAGAGCGGCCUGUUGGAGCACAUUCUGGCAGCGGUGGAGCAAGAGAUGGUGCCACUGCAUUGGCUUGCGCAAGCCGACACAACAUGCUCAGUGCAACGAUUGCAGCAAGUUUUCCAACCUACUUCACUUCGGCGAUGCUUCUGUUGCAGAAAAGAAAGCGGCGGCGAAGGCUUGGCAGGAUCACCUCAAAGCACAAUAUGUCGACCGUGUCAUAUACUGGCACUUGAGGUGGUACAGCAAGGUGCCUGGAUCAAACAUCCUCUGCAUAAUCCUGGAUGGCAUGGACAAGAGUAAGGGUAGCUGGCCACAACUUCCGUUCCGGAAGCCGAAGAACCUGGAGAAGUUCCACAGACCCCGUUUGACCAUUCACCUGGCAUUGGCCCAUGGAUUUUGUGCUGAUUUCUAUCUCGCUGAUGACGAGAACUUCUUUCACGGUGCCUCUUUCUUUUGCGAGAUUCUCACGAGGACUUUGGCCCGUGUACAGGAAGCUUGCAGGCAGCAAGGAAGAUCCAUGCCUGAUCAUCUCGUUAUCCAAAGUGAUAACACUACAGCACAGGCCAAGAAUGCAGAGGUCGCGAACUUCCUCGGGGUGCUUGUGCGGAAGUUCAAGUUUCAGUCCUGUGUCCUGAACUUUGUGCGUGUAGGCCACACGCACGAAGACGUGGAUUUUGUCUUCAGCAUCCUUUUGGCCAAGGUUCUGAGACGAUGCAAGGUCAUGGUGCCAGAAGACCUCAGGACGGGCAUCCUCACAGGCAUGACACCCGUCCUGGCACCCAAGGGCUAUGAUGUGAAUGUGGAGAUCCUCACACAUGUCAGGAAUUUCCAGUCAUGGCUCGGGGCUAUGUGUGUCCAUCCUCACAACUGCUAUAAACGACGUGAAGGCAUCCUGGCACCCCAUUCCUUCACCUUCAAGCUCCGCAUGGAUUUGGCACCCCGUGAGCAGCAGCUAUUGCUGCAGCAUCCCACUGACAGAGGUUGGCCUUCUAAUCCUCUCGAUGUCUUUUGUGUUGUGAAGACUUGGAUGCAAAGCCACGGUCCAAACGGGCCUCCUACCUUGCUUAUCCCGGACGCACGCUUCGACAGAAUCAGCACCGCAGCCCCAACAGAAGCUUGUCGGGCCAGCCACCCAAUGAGACAGCAGAGGACAAAGGAACUGCGGCAGCUGGCAGACGCACUGGAGGAACUCACAGGCACAUGGAAAGCUGAACACUCCAUGUUCCGGUCGGCCCAAGAACUCCGAGAUCUCGCUGACGGAAGGAACCGAGAACCAUCACAGGACGGGUACUUGGAGGCGUUGGAGGCUCCACGGGAAGACCCAAUCGUUGAAGCAGCCUGA